AUGGUGAUCAGUGGUUCGUGUGCUGCGUGCAGACACCGUCGGAAGAGAUGCAAACCUAACUGCGUGUUCAAAGCGUAUUUCCCAGCUGACAACCCCCAAAAGUUCGCGGAUAUCCAUAAGGUCUUAGGUGCAAGAAAAGUUGGCGAGUUCAUCGAAAGUUUGCAGGCAUCUCACUACUCUCAAUCUCAGUGCCAAGAAGCCAUCGAAAGCCUCUCCUACGAAUCCUCAUGCCGAAUCAAUGAUCCUGUUUUUGGAAUUGUCAGCCUACUCUGCGCACUUGAGGCCGACUUACAUAAAUUCAAAAACCAGUUAGACAUCGUCAACAAGGAAAUCGAAGCCCUCCAAGCCACCGACGCCGUUCUUCCCACCAAUCAAGUCGCCGCCCCUGAGGCAUAA